UUGAUGUAUCCCAGAGUGGACUAGUCGUAAAUGAGGACGACAAUUUUCAAAUAUUCUCAAGGAUUCGGAUAUCGUACGUUCGUCCAUAACAACAGAUGUUGAAAGAAAGUCAAAGUUGGACUGUGUUUGUGACAGAAAAUACAUGACGUAAAUCCGGUACAUCAACCAAUUAAACAGUCUAUUUUGGGUUAGCGCAUGCGUUGUACCCCAUGUCCAACCCGGUCAGAGAAUACGUAAAGCGAGUUGCAUCUAUUGAUCUAGAAUCAUUCCCAAGAUGGGACUUAAAGAAACCCCUUCCAAAACUGCCUGUGCCCAGACUUCAUGACACUAUUGGUCGCUACCUGUUGGCAAUCCAACCGUUAGUUAGUGAUGAACAAUAUGACAAAACUGCUAAACUAUGUAGAGACUUCCUGGAGUCUGGCGGGCUGGGUGAAGAACUGCAAGAAAAACUCUUGGACAUCGCGGAUGAAAGUGACAACUGGGUCUAUCAGUUCUGGUUGGACGAUAUGUAUAUGAAACCCAGACUCUCAUUACCUGUGAACUCUAACCCUGGAAUGGUGUUUCCCAAGCAAUAUUUCGAAGACCAAGACGCCCAACUGAGAUUUGCCGCCCGUUUAAUCUCUGGCAUAUUAGACUACAAGACAAUAAUAGAUUCACACGAUCUCCCUAUUGACCGGUGCACAUCAAGAGAAAAAGGACAGCCACUAUGCAUGAAUCAGUAUUACCGUUUGUUUUCCUCGUAUCGAGUUCCAGGGGUGAAUAAAGACUCUUUGGUCAUAUCUAGCAGUAGUAUAAUGCCGGAACCGGAACAUGUUAUCGUCAUAUGCAAAAAUCAGUUUUUCGUUCUGGACAUUCUUGUCAACUUCACACGCCUUAGUGAUGAUAACAUGUAUACUCAACUAAAGAGGAUCGUAAAACAAGCGAAUGAAAGUGAAGAGGACAAUGAACUGAAUGAGCCAAUUGGGAUUCUUACAAGUCUAGACCGAGAUAGCUGGGCUAACAACCGGAUACGACUUAUGAACGAUUCCACCAACCGAGAUACACUAGACAUGAUAGAGAGAUGUAUUUUCGUACUUUGCCUGGACAAGCCCAUGCCUCUUUCUUUUAACCACCAGAGAAGCAUUGACGAGACCAUGCAUAACCUCCGCGAUGACGUAUCGCUGGCCAGUCAGAUGUUACAUGGCUCUGGUAGCAAAUAUAACAGCUGUAACCGGUGGUUUGAUAAAACAAUGCAGUUCAUAAUUUCCGAAGAUGGUGCCUGUGGUUUAUGCUAUGAGCAUUCCCCCUCUGAAGGGAUUGCUGUUGUCCGAUUGAUAGAACAUCUAUUAGCUUACAUGGAAGAAAAACGAAAGAGGCGAUUACCCAGAAUGCAUUCCAUAUGCGAAUUGGCCAAGCCAAGAAAACUCCACUGGAAGACAGAUGUGCAGGUCACAAAAGCAAUACAACACGCAAAGUACACUUUAGAUAAGCUAAUAACAACAUUAGAUCUCUAUUGCUUGAGAUUUGAACAUUAUGGAAAGGACUUCCCCAAAUCCCAGAAUAUGAGUCCGGAUUCAUUCAUUCAACUGGCUUUACAAUUGACGUACUACAAGGUGCAUGGGUGCCUCGUGUCCACGUAUGAGAGUGCGUCCAUCCGGCGUUAUAGGAACGGCAGAGUUGAUGUAAUAAGGUCUGCCCAUAUGAAAGCCUUGGAGUGGGUGAAAGCUAUGGUUGGCGAAACUGAAUGUGAUGACACCGAGAAGAUGAAAUUGUUCCGUGAGGCAGUGAGGCACCAAACGAGGGUUAUGACUCAGGCAAUCCUCGGAGAAGGGAUAGAUAACCAUUUACUAGGACUACGAGCUGUAGCAACUGAAGUUCUUGGGAGAGAAACACCAGAGAUAUUUCAGGACCGAACCUUCAUAGAGUCGAAUCAGUUCAUUUUGUCUACCAGUCAGGUUCCGACCACAAUGGACACGUUUAUGUGUUACGGUCCUGUCGUGCACGAUGGUUAUGGUGUAUGUUACAAUCCACAUCCGGGAUAUAUGAUAUUUGCCGUGACGUCAUUCAACCCAUGCGACAAGACGAGAUCAGAUUUUUUCGCCUACACGAUAGAAAGCAGUUUGAGACAGAUGAGAGAAGUCUGUUUGAAAGACUAUGAAAUGAGACUCUCAAGCACGCCAAACGGAAAUGCUAGCCAUUCUUUGAAAAGUAAUGGAACUCUAAAUGGAGUUUCAAAAUGAUGGAAUGACGAGGCAGAUGUUAGAAUAACGGUGAAUAUUAGAAGCUGAUACAUAGUUGCAAACGAUUUUUUAAAUUAACUAAACCAUUUUACGUACAAUUAUUUUAUGAAGCAUUUAAAUUUGUAAUUCUAUCCGGAAUUUAAAUGGGCAAGAAUUACUUAUCAAGAAUAAGUAGUAGCCACGUGAUUAAUAGUGUUUUACGACCAAUCGCUGAGGAUGAUAUGACGUGACGUAUGUCUGUAAUUCAUUUCUACAUGAAGAAUAAUGAUCUUGGUAUGAUUGGAAGUUAUGAUAUAAUUAACAAAUUGGUAUCUCAAUUAAAGAAAUCCUAUGAAGAAAUAUAUGGGGAUUUUCAUGAUGUACUAUUUAAAGAACACAAUUGUAUACCAGUGGUACAUGUAGACUAAAGGGUGUAAAUGCCAGUUCCAAACAGUUCCGUAACAAGAGGAGCGUUGACUGGUAUUUUGUAAUGAUCUCAUUGAUGACCUUAAAAGUUCAAAAAUUCUCAAUUGUCACAUUAAUAUUUUACGUAUUUUGAGUCUGUCAAAUGUUAUAAAAUUAUCUAAUAUAAUAACUGUCAUUUAAUUUGAAUACUGAUUAGGAUAAUUCACAUUUCAUUUUAAAGCACAAUUUUCAU